AUGCCUGUAAGGAAAAAGGACACCGCUAGAGCCUUGGGGCUUUUAGAGGAGUAUUGCUCCAAACUGAAGAAGCCAGAGGAGCAACAGCUGAAAACUGCCAUUCAGAGAGUGAUGAUGAUCUUUAAAAGCAACUUGUUUGAAGCCCUUCUUGAUAUCCAAGAGUUCUACACGGUGACGCUGCUGAACACCCAGAAGAGCUGUGAGCAGAAGCUGGAGGAGGUUACUCUAAAGUCUCGAUGGAGUUUUCCACCUCUGGCUGCAUGGCACAUCACACUCCCUCCAUCGGCUUGUCUUCCCACAGUGCAUCCUGUGCCAUCACUUCCCCAGGAGGAGGAGCAGUACCACUACCAGGAGGAGGACUCCCCAACUCUCGACCAGGGAUUCCCACGGCUCACUGGCGAGGUUCGCGCCCCCGAACUGGUGCAUGUGUCUGAGAAAAACCUGUCGGAGAUCGAGAAUGUGCACGGCUAUGUGUCCCACUCCCACAUCUCUCCUCUCAAGGUCAGCACAACCACUUCCUCUUGUGGCCCCCCAAGUGUACCUCUUCUCCCACUGAUACCAGUGUUUCCCAAGCCACAAAAGAUUACAACAUUGAUGCCGUCUCCCUCCAGCACCGCCGACCCCGCCCCAAUAAUAGUCAACACUGACACUUUGGAGUCUGUACCUUAUGUCAACGGGACGGAAAUUGAGUAUGAGUUUGAAGAAAUCACGCUAGAGCGGGGUAACUCGGGGUUGGGCUUCAGCAUCGCUGGCGGCACAGACAACCCCCACAUCGGAGACGACCCUGGCAUCUUCAUCACUAAGAUCAUCCCCGGAGGUGCCGCAGCAGAAGAUGGACGCCUGAGGGUCAACGAUUGUAUCCUGCGGGUGAACGACGCUGACGUGUCGGAGGUCUCCCACAGCAAGGCAGUGGAGGCCCUGAAGGUGGCAGGUUCCAUUGUUAGGCUGUACGUGCGUCGUCGCAGGCCCAUGUUAGAGACCAUCAUUGAGAUCAAACUCAUCAAAGGACCAAAAGGGCUUGGCUUCAGCAUUGCUGGCGGAGUCGGAAACCAGCACAUCCCUGGUGACAACAGCAUCUAUGUCACCAAAAUCAUAGAUGGUGGUGCAGCUCAGAAAGAUGCCCGACUUCAUGUUGGAGACAGGCUCCUUAUGGUAAACAACUACUCUCUGGAAGAGGUGUCUCACGAGGAGGCAGUGGCGAUCCUGAAGAACACGUCGGACGUGGUCUACCUAAAGGUGGGCAAGCCCACCAAUGUGUACUUAUCAGAUCCCUAUGGGCCACCUGAUAUCAUGCACUCGUUCUCCCCAGCCAUGGAAAAUCAUAUCUCUUCCCCUGGCAACGCUGGCACUCUGGAAUACAAAUCUGGUCUUCCCCUCAUCUCCCCUGGGAGUUAUUCCCCCCUCCCUAAGCACUUACUGGGGGAAGAGGAUAUAAACAGGGAACCCAGGAAGAUUGUGCUCCACAAGGGCUCCACGGGCCUGGGCUUCAACAUUGUGGGUGGAGAGGAUGGCGAGGGAAUCUUCGUCUCCUUCAUCCUGGCGGGAGGGCCUGCCGACCUGAGUGGAGAGCUACGGCGAGGCGACCAGAUCUUAUCGGUAAAUGGCAUUGAUCUGCGAGGGGCCACCCAUGAACAGGCGGCGGCGGCACUGAAAGGAGCAGGCCAAAUGGUCACCAUCAUUGCUCAGUACAGACCAGAGGAGUAUGGGCGUUUCGAGGCCAAGAUCCAUGACUUGCGGGAGCAGAUGAUGAACCACAGCAUGAGCUCUGGGUCAGGAUCCCUGCGAACCAAUCAAAAGAGAUCUCUCUAUGUCAGGGCACUAUUUGACUAUGAGAAGACAAAAGACAGCGGCCUCCCUAGCCAAGGGCUCAGUUUCAGGUAUGGGGACAUCCUGCAUGUCAUCAACGCUUCAGACGACGAGUGGUGGCAGGCCCGCAGGGUGACUCCACAUGGGGACAGUGAGGAGAUGGGUGUCAUCCCCAGCAAAAGGAGAGUUGAGAGGAAAGAGCGAGCACGCCUCAAGACGGUGAAAUUCAAUGCCAAACCAGGGUCCAUUGAUUCAAAAGGGUCAUUCAAUGACAAACGUAAAAAGAGUUUCAUCUUUACACGAAAGUUCCCAUUCUACAAGAACAAAGAGGGUGAGCAAGAUGGCAGUGAUUCGGACCGGAGUCAAGAGGACAUCAUACUCUCAUACGAACCCGUAAUGCGGCAGGAAAUUAAUUAUGCCAGACCCGUUAUAAUCCUUGGACCAAUGAAGGACAGAAUCAACGAUGAUCUCAUAUCCGAGUUCCCCGACAAGUUUGGUUCCUGUGUGCCGCACACCACCCGACCAAAGAGGGACUACGAGGUGGAUGGGCGGGACUACCAUUUUGUCAUGUCCAGAGAGCAGAUGGAGAAAGACAUCCAAGAGCACAAGUUCAUCGAGGCAGGACAGUAUAAUGACAAUCUGUACGGAACCAGCGUCCAGUCCGUUAAAUACGUGGCUGAGCGGGGUAAACACUGCAUCCUGGAUGUGUCUGGAAAUGCCAUCAAACGACUUCAAGUAGCACAACUCUAUCCCAUUGCCAUCUUCAUCAAACCCAAGUCUGUGGAUUCAUUAAUGGAGAUGAACAAGAGACUGACGGAGGAGCAAGCGAAGAAGACGUUUGACCGGGCUAUGAAGCUGGAGCAGGAGUUUGGAGAGUUCUUUACAGCCUUGGUCCAAGGGGACACCUUAGAGGACAUUUAUAAUCACUGCAAACUGGUCAUAGAGGAACAUUCAGGACCGUAUAUCUGGAUCCCUUCAAAGGAGAAACUAUAA